CGCUUCUCAUAUGCACGGAUGAAAUAUCUUUUCUUUUCCUGGUUGGUGGUUUUUGUUGGAAGCUGGAUUAUAUACGUGCAGUAUUCUACUUAUACAGAACUAUGCAGAGGAAAGGACUGUAAGAAAAUAAUAUGUGACAAGUACAAGACUGGAGUUAUUGAUGGGCCUUGCGUUACAGAAACUCUUUACUUUGGAAAAUGCUUAUCCACCAAGCCCAACAAUCAGAUGUAUUUAGGGAUUUCGGAUAAUCUACCAGGUGUUGUGAAAUGUCAGAUGGAACAAGCACUGAAUCUUGAUUUUGGAACUGAACUGGAACCAAGAAAAGAGAUAGUGCUAUUUGAUAAGCCAACUAGGGGAACCACUGUACAGAAAUUCAAAGAAAUGGUUUACAGUCUCUUUAAGGCGAAGUUGGGUGACCAAGGAAACCUCGCAGAACUGGUCAAUCUCAUCUUGACAGUAGCUGAUGGAGAUAAAGACGGCCAGGUUUCCUUGGGAGAAGCAAAGUCAGCAUGGGCGCUUCUUCAGUUAAAUGAAUUUCUUCUCAUGGUGAUACUUCAAGAUAAAGAGCAUACCCCCAAAUUAAUGGGAUUCUGUGGCGAUCUCUAUGUGAUGGAAAGUGUUGAAUAUACCUCUCUUUAUGGAAUAAGCCUUCCGUGGGUUAUUGAACUUUUUAUUCCGUCUGGGUUCAGAAGAAGCAUGGAUCAGUUGUUCACACCAUCAUGGCCUAGAAAAGCUAAAAUAGCCAUAGGACUUCUAGAAUUUGUGGAAGAUGUUUUCCAUGGCCCCUAUGGAAACUUCCUCAUGUGUAAUACUAGUGCCAAAAACCUAGGAUAUAAUGAUAAAUAUGAUUUGACAAUGGUGGAUAUGAGAAAAAUUGUGCCAGAGACAAACCUGAAAGAACUUAUUAAGGAUCGUCACUGCGAGUCUGAUUUGGACUGCGUCUAUGGCACGGAUUGUAGAACUAGCUGUGAUCAGAGUACCAUGAAGUGUACUUCAGAAGUGAUACAACCAAACUUGGCUAAAGCCUGUCAGUUACUCAAAGACUACCUACUGCGUGGUGCUCCAAGUGAAAUUCGUGAAGAAUUAGAAAAGCAGCUUUAUUCUUGUAUUGCUCUCAAAGUCACAGCAAAUCAAAUGGAAAUGGAACAUUCUUUGAUACUAAAUAAUCUAAAAACAUUAUUGUGGAAGAAAAUUUCCUACACAAAUGACUCUUAGUUCAUUUAGACAUUGUCACCAAUGUAGGAAACUUAACCACUUCUGAACAAUUUGAGCAUUUUAAAAAAUGGCUUCUGAUUCAGAGUUCCCUGCCAGAUACACAAAACCCCUUACCCCUGGGCCUAAGAAUCCAUCAUCUGAAGUA